CUUCCUUCCUUCCUUCUCCUUCCUCACCUUUCCUUGCUUAGCCUUCCUUCCUUCCUGCUGCUCCCCUUUCUUCCAUUCCCAUUUUUCAUUCUCUUUCUAAUCCCAGUCUUUCUCUCCAGCCCUCCUUUAAGAUCUCUGCAAUCUUUUCUGCUUGAAAAACCCUCCCGCCUCCUGGAGGAAAGUAUCAGCCGAGAAGGCAAAGGCCUAACCCCACAGACCCACACUUACAAUUCGUGACAACAGCAGCUGCUGGACCGGUUGUUCGCCAAACAUCUGUCUUUCUUUCCUCAAAGAGCUGAUUAACUCAUGAAGUCUGAUUUUUAGAACACGAAGAUCUCCGUCCUCCUUCACAGCAUAAGAGAGACAGAAUCCAGCCUUGUAAGGAAGGGGAGCUGAGCUCCUUCCUGGAAUUUUCCUUUCCUAGAAUGGAAGCAUUUUCCCUAAAGAAGCCUUCUCGGUUGGGAUGUUCUCCAGAUGUUCUGGGAUCUCCCCAUCACCAACAGGGACCUCCUGGGUUAACCUCUCAGCUGCCUUUCAUCCUGGGCUGCAUCUCUCCUUUGGCAAGCCUUCCCCCGUCCCUUCUUUCCAUCCCUCCAAGCAUCCUCAUCUGGAGCUCCUGGGCUCCCCCUGCCAAUCCAGAAGGCACCGAAUCCAUCAGACAAGCUCCCUGUUUCCCCUUAACCUUCGCUGAAGGACCUGGAGGAGGGGUCCCCGGGCCCCAGGGCUGCUUUCCCCAGCCUCCCCCGAAGCCUCCCUGGGAGGAGGCAGCCUCUCCGCUGGCAGCUCCUUGCCAAAAGGGGCGACGUUGGCAGCGCAGGAGUUAAGCAGGAGGCAGCGCUGAAGGCUGGCGAGCGGGCGAGCGGAGCGGAGCUCAGUCGGAGCUUCGGCAGAGGCCGGGAGGGAGGCAGCAGAGGCUCCUGCUGGAAGCGGGCACGAAGGGAGGGCAGCCCUGGCAGCAGUUGGAGCCGCCGCGAUCCGUGCCCGGACUGCCGCCUCCAGCCUGGGGAGUCCUUGAAGACCAGGAGUUUCCUUCUCCGGUGGUCGCAGCCCGCCCAACGCCAGCAUGUGAGCCCCCACAGGCGAAGCCAGCCGGCCAGCCAUGACGGGGGCUUCCGCCUCUGCCAUCCAGCCCAGAGCGCUGCAGCCUCCGAGUGGCAGGCUCGGGAGGGAGGACGGGGCCAUCUGCCUGCAGCCCGCCAGCUUCGGGGAAGACCCUCGCAGCCUCCUCCUCUGAAUGCCCGGCUGCCCCCCAAGCAUCCCUCCAGGACCUGGCAUGCCCAGAGGGAUUCCCAGGGGAGCCUGGAGGUGCCCUUAGAAGCUGCCAAGUGGAGGAGGAGGAGGAAGAGGAGGAGGAGGAGGAAAGGAUUUGACCUCGAUGACCUCAGAAAGGUGACUUCUCCCAGGUUCAAUUUUCUUCCCACCCCGUGACAAUGAAUGGCAGUUGGUUCAGAUGUGUUCCUGGACAUUAUUGGAUACCUCAAAACUCCUUGGAUGCGUCUCCGCUUUGGUGAACGUUGGUGAACUUCCUUUCCAAGGCAGGUGGACUUGCCAGGUUAAAAGCAGCAGCGGCAACUCCUGACCUCCAGGUUGACCAUGAUAACUUCAUCCUUGGCUGCUCCGUGGCAGGAGAAGACCAAGAACUAGUGCAAAGAACAAGUCCUUUAUCUGGAGCAACUCUGCAACCUUCUCAUUUUGAAUCAAUGCAUGGACAGGAGUAUCCAAGCUGGGCUGAUUUAUUGGGAGAACGGCACUGAGGACCCAACCGUGGCACCAGAUUCGUGGCAUCAGACCCAUGGCCUCUUAGACGGCAGGAAGAGGUUCCUCCUCUCUGCUCAGAAGGGUGUUUUCCAAGUGUGGGCAGGCAGCCCCUUUGCUCGUUUCUCCACCCGGACUCCGUGAAAAUCCGUAAUGACGCUGACAUGGCCAAGCUCUUGCUGAAAUUCCAAAGAUACUUUUGGCGGAAACCCAUCCGUUUCUUCACCUUGAUCGUGCUCUACCUGACGGCUGGCAGUUUGGUCUUCCUCCAUGCUGGCUUCAGUGGGGAGACGAGGGUCCCGGGGGCUGCCCCACGGCCCAGCAACGGUGCUGCAGAAGGGACCGAAGCUCAGUUGGGGGCACUGCCGCUUGGCCGGGAAUUUAGAGCGAUGCCGGAGUCUCUGGUCUUGGCCCGGAGGUACGGGACUUGGUUCAAGAACCCUCCGAAGGACGCAGCUGGGAGGAGCAGAGGUGAUUAUGGGGAGACGUGGACUCGAGUACUCAAGGGGAGGAGUGUUCAUGAGAAGGAGGAAGAUAGAGCAAAAUACAUCGGCUGUUAUGUCGACAACACCCACCAGAGAGCCCUCCGCGGAGUGUCCUUCUUUGACUACAAAAAAAUGACACUGUUCCGUUGCCAGGACAACUGCGCCGAACGGGGCUACCUCUACGCGGGGCUGGAGUUCGGGGCAGAGUGCUACUGUGGGCACAAGAUCCUGGCCGUGAACGUGAGCGACAUCGAGUGCAACAUGGAGUGCAAAGGAGAAAAGAGCAGCUUUUGUGGGGGACCAAACCGGCUGUCCAUCUACCGCCUGGAGCUGGCCCAGGAAUCCACCAGGAGGUAUGGCAGCGCCAUCUUCCGCGGCUGCUUCCGGCGGCCAGAGAACCUCUCCUCGGCUUUGUUGGCAAGCAGGCCCAUGAGGAACAUGUCUGUGGACCGGUGCGUUGACCUCUGCACAGGAAAGGAAUACCCUCUGGCAGCUCUGGCUGGCACCUUUUGCCACUGCGGUUUCCCCACCACUCUUUUCUCCUUGCAUGAACGAGAAGGAGAGCAUCUUUGCGCCCAGAGAUGCAACGGGGAGGAAUUUGAAAGCUGCGGCACUUCCGACUAUUUCAUUGUAUACCAGACCCAAGUGCAAGAUAACCGAUGUAUGGAUCGGAGAUUUCUCACAGCUCGAGCAAAACAAUUGGUCGCACUUGCCAGCUUUCCCGGAGCGGGCAACACGUGGGCACGGCAUCUGAUUGAACUGGCCACGGGUUUCUAUACGGGGAGUUAUUAUUUUGAUGGCUCUCUUUAUAAUAAAGGGUUCAAAGGCGAACGGGAUCACUGGCGCAGCGGUCGGACGAUAUGCAUCAAGACCCACGAGAGUGGGCAGAAGGAGAUCGAAGCCUUUGACUCGGCCAUCCUCCUGGUUCGCAACCCCUUCAAAGCACUGAUGGCAGAGUUCAACCGGAAGUACGGGGGUCACAUCGGCUUUGCUUCUCAUGCCCACUGGAAGGGCAAGGAAUGGCCGGAGUUUGUCAAGAACUAUGCUCCGUGGUGGGUGACUCACACUCUCGACUGGUUGAAAUUUGGCAAGAAGGUCUUGGUGGUCCAUUUUGAGGACCUCAAGCAGGAUCUCUUCGUCCAGCUCAAGAGGAUGGUCAGCCUGCUGGACAUCGCGGUUCACGAGGACCGCUUGCUGUGUGUUGAGGGGCAGAAGGAUGGGAACUUCAAGCGAUCAGGGCUGAGGAAACUGGAGUAUGACCCUUACACCCCAGAGAUGAAGAAAAUGAUCAACGGCUACAUCAAAACGGUGGACAUGGCUCUGAAACUCAGGAACCUCACCGGUGUCCCCAAAGACUACUAUCCCAGAUGAUGGACAGUGGUUGGGGCCGAGGAACUGAUCUCCUUUGGAGGUGCAAAUUCGCUUCCUCCUGGCCAGGAACCAUUUCCACCCAGUGGGUGGGUGGUGUAGGAGGACUCAUCCUGCCGGUGCUCGCUUUUAAAGAACUCUUUUGCAUGAGCAAAGAUGGCGAUAUUCAUGGUUGACCGAAGAUGUUUUGGCCAACCAGUCUCCAGAAAAUGAGGCCCAUUGGUGGGAGAUCUUUGCUGCUGCUGUUGCUGCUUCUGCUGCUGCUUCCUCCCCACCCCAGAAUUUUUGUGUUCCUUCCUGCCCAAGUAAGAUCACUCUGCUCUUCCUUAGCUGGUUGCCUUUUUGAACCCAGUUCUAAACAAGCAAUUUGGUUAAAAAUCCCACCAUGUGAUCACCUUCCUUGAUUCUGCUGACCCAAGAAGAAUCCUCUUUUUUGGAAUCCUCGACAUUUAGAACCUGUUUACUUUCAAAGGCUGGUCAGGAUGGAUCAACCGAUCGAUGCUGAGCUUUGUGCUAGCAAUAUAGUUUCUGCAUCUUACUUCUUGGGGCAGCCUCAGUGCUGCUGGACUCCAUCUGAACAAUCCUCAGGUUAAAUGCUGCCCAUUAAACCAACAUUUUGUUAAAAUCUC